UGUGUGUGUGUGACUGUGUGUGUAGUUGGGGAGUGUUGUUCUCACACCCCGCUGACUUCACACCCGUCUGCACCACCGAGUUGGCUCGCGCUGCAUCGCUCCACGCCGAGUUCCAGCAGCGUGGAGUCAAAAUGUUGGGGCUGUCUAUCGACUCGGCAGAGUCUCACCGAGAGUGGGCAAAGGACAUCGUGGCUUUCAUGGGCUCUGCCCCCGGCACGGCGCUGCCCUUCCCCAUCGUGGCGGACGAGAAUCGCCGCCUCGCCGUGGAGCUGGGCAUGCUGGACCCCAACGAGGUGGACGGGCGUGGCAUGCCGCUCACCGCUCGCUGUGUGUUUGUGAUUGGCCCAGACAAGCGGCUGAAGCUGUCCAUCCUCUACCCCGCCACCACAGGCCGCAACUUUGAUGAGAUCCUCCGAGCCAUCGACUCCCUGCAGCUCACGGCAGCCACUCAGUCGGCUACUCCCGUGGACUGGAAGAAGGGUGAGCGAGUGAUCGUCCCGCCCAACGUCCCCGACUGCGACCUGCAGCGUCUCUUCCCGCACGGCGUGGAGACAACCCAGCUCCCUUCUGGCCGCCCCUACCUCAGAUACGCACGCACGGGCCCAUAGACACACACACACAGAUACACACACACAGAUACACACACAGACACACACACAGACAGACAGACAUACACACACACACACGGCGUGGAGACAACCCAGCUCCCUUCUGGCCGCCCCUACCUCAGAUACGCACGCACGGGCCCAUAGACACACACACAUAGACACACACACAGAGACACACACACACAUAGAUAUAGACACA